AUCGUCUACGGAGACAUGAUCACGGAUGAUAAAUACGAAUACCGCCAUAUCAUCCUACCAAAGUAUAUGCUCCCACUCAUCCCCCCCAAACCACAAUGGCGAGCGAUUUAUGUGCAAAUGUCCCCGGGAUGGGUUCACUAUAUGCGCCACGACCCUGAGCCGCAUAUAAUGCUGUUCCGGAGG